AUCAGCCUUUUGGGAUUCAUGUCAUAAGGUUUCUAAAGUAGCCACGCAUCAUGCGGUCCUGCAUAUGACCAUGUGUCAGAAAAGGAAGUUAAAACUCCCAGUGAUGCAUUUAGAAACUUCCAAACUUAGGACGCAUUGAGUGGACAGCGAGUUCAAGUGACCCUUUGCACUGCGGCAGAGGACAGAAGCGACAGCCUCGCAGAAAGUCAUGAGUCACGUAUUCUGUUAUUUAACAAAUACUGAAAGUCUACGCAGUAGCAGACCAACACUCAGUGUAACUGAAGGCUGCUUUGUCACGAGCUGAAAACAGUGAAAUGUUGUCACGUGUCUGCAGAUCUCCGUCUACAGACCGACACAUGACGCCUCAGCAGCCUCCUCUCUCCUGCUCGCUCUCUCUCCGCAUCUCUGCCUCCAUCAGGACACGGAGCUCCGCCUCGGAUGCUGCUGGAGCUGUUUAUCUGAUUACCAGAUACACGAGCUGCGCUUCCUUAAAGCGACACCCUGGCCUUAAUUAAUUACACUGCCAGUGAGAGAGAAAGAGAGGGAGGGAGAGGAGGAGAGAGAGACGCCGUGGAUGCAGGUCCCACCUCCUCCCUGCAGGAUGCCGCGAGCAGCCGCUUCAUCUCCUGCCUCGAGGUUAUGAAACUGUAACCUGACCCUGCACGCCAGCAAGAAGACCCCCUCCUCUUCCUCCUCCUCCCUCCUCCUCUCCAUCCUGGGAUACAUCCACGAUCAGUGCGUCACGCGGGUUUUUCUUCCGCUUUCUUUGGUCGCCUCUCUGCAUCACGCUCAGCUGAUGAAACUGGCAUCAAACGCGCGUCCCUACAGCCUGAACGGCAUCUAUGGAAGGUCCGCGUGUGCGCGUCCUCGCUGCUGUGCUGGCGGCCUUCCUGUGUUUCCGCACUCCUGUUUCGCAGCCGGUACUUUUCCGCUCGCACGCAGCAGAUGAAACCCCGACUCGCUGCCUCUGCGCUUCCUCCCCGCGUGGGCUCUGAGACCUGCGUCAAGCGCGCCUCGUCCUCUCCGCGUCCCCGCCGUCGCCGUGCCGCUGAUGCGGUGCGCCUGGGUGCUCGCUUUCUCCUCGUCCUGGCCGGUUCCUGAUCCUCUGGGCCGGAGGGCCAGCCUCCUCCAUCGGGGCAGGAUGGUACGGUUUGUGAGCGCGCUGGGGCUCGUCAUAUUCAGCGUGGCGCUGCUCAUCCUGUCUCUCAUCAGCUAUGUCUCCAUCAAGAAGGACUUCCUGUUCAGCACCCCGAGAUAUGGACCCAACGGCGGACCCAGGAUGUACAUGUUCCACGCGGGGUUUCGCGAGAGGCCACCUCGCAAACCCGACCUGAGCUCCCAGUUGGCAAUGAAGUAUUUGGAUCCAGCUUUUACUUCUCUGACCAACGCUCUCAGCGAGGACCUGCAGAACUCAUCUAAAUGGAGCCACAACAGCACUGCUUUUAACCAGCAGAGGAAGGAGAUCUCUCAGUACAUCGACAUACCCCACAACUUCACGCUGACUCGAGACUCAGUUCGAAUCGGUCAGCUGAUGCACUAUGACUACUCCAGCCACAAAUACGUCUUCUCCAUCAGCGAGAACUUUCGCUCUCUCCUCCCGGAGGUCUCACCAAUCCUCAACAAGCACUAUAACGUAUGUGCUGUGAUUGGCAACAGCGGCAUCCUCACUGGCUCACGCUGCGGUCCCCAGAUUGAGAAAUAUGACUUUGUCUUCCGCUGCAAUUUUGCGCCGACUGAGAUCUUUAAGAAAGACGUUGGGCGUCGCACCAACAUGACGACCUUUAACCCCAGUAUCCUAGAGAAAUACUAUAACAACUUACUAACUGUGCAGGACAGAAAUAACUUCUUCCUUAGCCUGAAGAAGCUGGAUGGCGCCAUUCUGUGGAUCCCGGCGUUUUUCUUCCACACGUCGGCCACAGUGACGAGAACGUUGGUGGACUUCUUUGUGGAGCAUAGAGGUCAGCUCAAGGUCCAGCUAGCUUGGCCUGGAAACAUCAUGAAAUAUGUCAACAACUACUGGAAAACCAAGCAGCUGUCGCCAAAGCGCCUGAGCACAGGCAUCCUGAUGUACACGCUGGCUUCUUCCAUGUGCGACCAGAUCCACCUGUACGGUUUCUGGCCCUUUGGCUGGGACCCGAACACAGGCAAAGAGCUCCCCUACCACUACUACGACAAGAAGGGCACCAAAUUCACCACCAAGUGGCAGGAGUCCCACCAGCUGCCUGCCGAGUUUAAACUCCUCUACAAGAUGCACACAGAAGGACUGCUGAAGCUCUCCCUCUCCCACUGUGCUUAGGGAUAAAACUGCGGCAGGUACCGUGCUCCUUCAGGCUCCCAUCAAGCACUUCCACUGGCCGGAGUUACAGAAAGGCUGAGACAAGCAUAGUUGGGACUCGUGCCGUUUAGUCAAAGGCAACAGCUUGACUGUAAGGCUGAGUUUGUGCAGUGGAGAUCAGCCUGAGAUACCUGAGCAAAGGCUCGUAAUCGUGCACUCAAGAUGAACUGUGACAGCUCAAGAAACAAGCAGUGUGUUAAUUUUCUACUGCUCAUAAAUCUACAGCUGAACAGCACUGCGUUUAGUUUCAUUUUCCCACAGAAAGGUGGACUGUCAUGCAAAGCUGGUCUUCAGACAAGUGUCACAGCGCUGGGUCGUUUAAUAGUGUUUUAAUUGCAAUGGUGGUCUUUCACAGAACUGAUGCAGACACAUGCAACAUAAAACAGCUCCAUCCAGAAAUGACAGCAUGUAGGCCAAUCAGAUUCAAGCACAUAGAUCCAGGCAUGGCAAAAAACAUGAUUUUGUGGCUGUUUUCCAAAAGUUGCAAAGUGCUGUCUUACGUUAGUUAUAUAUUAUGAUAAACAGCUGUGUGGCGCUGGGGUUUGGUAAACCCUCAAACUCAGAGCUCUGACAUUUUGGGGUUUUUAUUUCUUUGGUUUCUUUGCUGUUUUUGGUCUGAAAACAACAAUGCUGGGAUCAUCCGCAUGUCAGGGACCACACUGACAAAAUCUGGAGAUUGGAUGUAUGCAGGGUCCUGACAAGUUAAAAAUAUCCUAGAUUUUAUUUUUGCACAUUAGAGUCAUAUUAAGAAAAUAAGAUGAAGCUUGAUGAAGAUGAUGUUGAGAUCAAGUUACACAGUAUUUCGCCUUUGGCCAAGAUACAUCAUCAGACUACAUAUCUUUCUGUUUUCAAAACUUCCACAGUGCCACAUACGAAGGAGAACAAAAGGAGGUACCAGGUUUGGCUUUCUUUGCUCCACCUGACAGCUCCAACAUCAUCAUCAGUCUUUCCUUUUGCCAUGUCUGCUGUUAUGCUAUAUAUAUAAGAGCGCUCAGUCUAUAUAUUUAGCACAGUGAAAGGAUAUAGUAGAUCCUACAGUGGUGCAAUCGGUGCCUGGAGAAGUCUCUUUUUUGUUUAUUUAAGCAGCAGGUAUGAUGUAGUAUAAACGCCCUGUGCUACAAUCACUAAAGUAUGAAAAAACUUAUUGCAUUUGUACUUCACUCUCCAAAAACGAAGUAAUAUUUUUUAUAUUCACAUAACUCUAUCUGAGUUUGUGUCCAUCUGAUCAAUGUAAAUCCAUUUUUCUUUCUCCUUCUAGUCUCAUUAGCUCAUUCCUUAUUCCCGUUUCUACCAUGCUGUUUUUAUUUGUUUGUUGUGUACGAGUGGUUUGAUAACCUUUGAUUUCUAAAGUGAACCUCCUGCUAAUGUUAGAGCUAUAAACAGAGUAAACCGUGGAGUGAACGUCACUUUAAAAGAUCUACUUUUAAAACGAAUAACUAUAUGUUUCAUAGGGAUAGUAGGGCUGAGUGAUUCUUUUGAAUAUCAGUUAGGAGAAACAAGAUAAUUGGAUUCAAAUGAUAACUUCUGCAGAAGCCACUAAGUGUUGGAGAUGGAGCCAAGAUGAUGAAAAGAGCUACUUUGGUCAAUAAGAUUUCUGUAGAAGAAGUAAGUUAGGACAAAGUUUAGGAAAGGCUUGAAGCUCUGAAAGGCAGGUUGGUACAAAGCAGAGUUUGCUUUGUGGUCAAAAGCAAUUCAAUUCUCUCCAACUGUUUAAAAAAUUCAAUUUAUUUAUUAAUUAAUUAAAUAAAUGCAUGAUUCUUGAAUCCAUAAUCACAUUAAAUAAUCACAAUUACAAACAAUCCCAAAUCCCAGCUGAUCUGUAAAGUUCAACCACAGACUGUAUUUAAAUGAUGGAAAUUGUGACAUCACAGUUUGUUAGUGAGGCAAGGAAGCUAAUUUACCAAAUUAACUUUUGUUGUUGUUGUUGUUGUUGUUUUUUUUAAAUAAAUUCAGUAUAACCUGAAACUACUAACUGAGCCAAGUCAUCAGAAAAGUGUUCACUUCACAGAGCAAGAAAGCCGAACUGCUGGAGUUGCCCCCUACUGGCUUUUAGAAGUAAUGUAGAUUUAAGGUACUUCUGUAUGGACCCAGAAGCUACGUCCAGCUUUUUUAAAUGCACUUUAAGAGUCCAGCCCAGCUAGAAAGAAAUAAAAAGACAUUAAUUUAAGGUGACUAAUAAAAAGUUAAAUUAAGAUGCAUCAGCAAAAGUUCUUCUGCUUUUACAUGGAAAAUAGUUCCUAUUAUAUUUUAUUCAAGUCCACUUUGAUAGAAGUUGUGGCAUUGUAGUGUAGUGCCUCCUGGAUGACCACACAAGGCCUCACGUUCUCCCUCUGAUGAUGAAAUUUACAUCACUUGAACCUUUUAGCUGCUUGUCUUUAGCAUCGUGUUUUGGGCCUCGUACAGUUCACCACUUUAUGCCAGCAACGAGAGACUUUUUACAGACUUUCAAAAAAUCUGAUUGAGCCACGGUGACCUUCAAGAGGGAGUUAGCAUCAUCAGCGCUAUCGACACAAUGUUAAAAUUCUUGCUUGCUGUUUUGUAAAAUGGGCUGUGUGGUAACAUUACCUCAGUGGUGUUUAGAUUUACCUUGUUACUCAGUAAAACAGUGAACCAGCCACAAGUGAAUGGAAAGAGUUUAAAAAUAUAGUAUAAGAAUAAGAUAUGUUUAUAUUUGUGUUUAUUUAUUUGUUUUUUAAAUCAUGUCUUAAUUUUAUUUUGUGUAAAGGGAAAACACUGGUAUAUGUACAGGUUGUUCAUUUUAGCAGGAAGACACGUGUUCCCUCUUCCAUAUUGUUGUUGUUUUUUUUGUAAAGAAUGACGAUGAUGCAAGUCCAGAUAUUUGACUGACCACUGGUGGGUCCAUUGAGACGUUGUUAUUUUAAACCUUUACUGUUAGAAAAUACUAGUAAGGCAAUGGAGAGAGCCUGAAGUGGUUUUAACAUCAACUUAUGAUCAAGAAUCGGUAGAUUAAAGGUCGUGACUGCCACGAGACUGUUGCCUAUCUGCUGAUGUAAUUGUGGAGAGUUUGAGACUUUAACAUUGAGAGCAAACAGCUAAAUAAGAUAAAGUUAUUAUAAAGGGUUUUUUGUGCUUACACAACAAAGUCUUUGUUUGUCGGCUUGUUCAUUGUUUUUAUAAAGUAUAACAAGCACAAAGAUAAGACAAUUAAAAUAUCAAUUUUCUUACUGUCAUUAAUCCCUGUUUGUAGUUGUUACAGAAAUGUGCACAUUUUUCACAAUAUAUCCCAGGAGGCACUUUUCAUUUCAUGGGAAAAAUCCACCGUCGAUGUAAAAGUUUUGGCACUCUUGGCUUUCCAUACUUAUUUGCGUCCACAUACUCAGGUUUUUGUGAACAGGUACAGUUGUACAAACGUCUUUUAUCAUUACUUCUCUGAGUGUUUUGUGGUAUGUUAAUCUUUUUUUUUUUUUUUGCUGUUGCUUCUGUGUAUGUGUGUUUACGAAUCCAUCAAAUACUUUUUUAUUUGGAGUUAAUUAGAGAUGAUUUAAGACACCACAUGUUACAUGAGAGAAAUUCCAUCAUAAGCAUGUUUUGUUUUUAGGCACAUCAAAUAUGAAUUAUAAUUUUUUAACAUGCUUUUUAUCUCCAAGGGAGAGUUGUGUCUUUGUGAAUUUUUAAUUUUUUAAAAUUUAUUUGUGUUUUGCAGAAAUGAGGGAAACUGGGACUAAUUUUGUAAUCUGCAGCUCAAUUUUUGCUGGAUUUCACUUAUUUUUUCCUUUUAGUGUCCUAAAGUUUUAUUCCAGAAAGAUUAAAUAUGAUGCUUUGGGGACUUAAAGACAUAAAGAUUGUUGUUGUGAAGGUUAUGCUAUUUUCUGACUUGAGCUGAGUUUUACAAGAUGUUCUCAUGUUUUAUUUUUGUCUUUUUUCUUCUUUCUUUUGUCAUCUUUUAUUUUUGUAGUGUAAAAUAAUAGUAAAAUAUCAGGUAACAGCUUUUACAGAAUGUAUUUUUUCGCAUUGUGAAUGAAACUGAGGCCGGCUCCAUUCACGUCCAUGUCUUCAGAGACCAAUGGAGGAAGAUUUGUGCAGGAAUAACAUAAACUAGAACCACUUUUAGAUAUCAUAAACAAUAUGCUGUAGAUUCAAUAAUAAGUUUAAGUCAUCCAGUACUUGAAAGAAACUAUAUCUACUCUGUAUUUAUUUCAUUAUUUAGUCAUUAAAUUAAUUAAAUGAUCAGUUUGACAAUGUGAG